AUGAAGAUGAACUUUCACGACAAGGUGGUGGAGCUGGCCAGGCGUCAAGAUUCCAUCACGGAUGGAGGCACUGUUUAUUCCGUUGUUUAUGUCACGGCAGAGCCAACCUUUACGGGUGUCAUUGGAGGCUAUACCACUCUGACUGGUGACGAUGCUUCUGCCACCGCGACAACUUCACAGGAAUCCAGCCCUAGUGCAACCGCCACUUCUGCAGGCUCAUCUUCUCCCACAUCGUCCGGUGCCUCGACGGAGAGUGUUGCACCGACCACUGCUAGUCCCCUGGUUGCGCCGACGACAAGAGACAAUGCCUCUGCAACCGCAUUCUCCUCCGGGUCAAACACCGAUAGCGGCGCAGUAGCGGCGGCUACCACAACCCCCGAUUCCUCGUCAAGCUCGAGUUCUGGCAUCUCAACAGGUGCGAAAGCAGGUAUCGCCAUUGCCGUCAUCGCCAUCGUUGGCCUUGUCGCCGUCUUCCUGCUGUGGCUGCUCGGGAAGAAGAGGCGUGAGCGUGAAGCACAAGCUAUCGGAGACAAUGAGAAACGCAAUCCUGGUUCUGGCAUGAGCAGCACUGAGAUGGCCACGAGGAGUCCGCCCAUCAGCUCAACUGCCCCGCGAAUAAGUCUAAGGCCUGUUUCUCGAAUGUUGCCCGAAUUCAUGGGAUCGUCUUCUAAGAGCAGACUCAGCGCCGGCAACCUACUCACUACCAUUGGAGAAUCGAAUUCUGCCCCUGCUGCCGGCCCUGCUCGAAACUUGAGUCCCUCGCCUCAACCACGCGGUCCAAGCCCGACUCGCCUUCGAGGCCCAAGUCCAACCCGCCAGUCUCAGGAUGACAAUCCGAACAACCCAUUUGCUGAUCCUCAGAACCCAUUUGCAGACCCCGAGAAAGCAACUGCUGGUCUAGGCUUGGUUAGUAGCUCUACGUCCAGUUUGAAAUCAGCACCAGUCGCUCCUGUCAUCGCUGUCACUGGUGUUGCUGCUGCUGCUGCUGCUGCUGCCGCCGCCGCCGCGCCCGCACCGAUCACCGAACCCAAGGCGACCCCUGCUCUUCGCGAAGGACCAACUGCCGCUCCGGCUCGAAAGCCGGUUACCGCCUCUAUUGCCCCUCCUUCAGCUGCAGCACCAGCUCCGGCCCCGGCCCCGGCCACGGCCCCGGAACCCGUCUCUGUCCCAGCCUCUGUACCUGCUCCUGCUCCUGUCCCGGCCCCAGCUCCCGUUCCUGUUCCUGUUCCCGCUAUCCAGCCCGCGCCAAAGCAGGCUUCUCCAGCUUCUUCAGCACCCGCUUCUCCAGCUCUGUCCUCCGCCACCAAUCCGGGAUCCGAAUCGCCUCAGGGUAACGUUUACCGAGUCCUCAUGGAUUUCACACCUUCUAUGGACGACGAACUGGAGUUGAAGAACGGCCAACUGGUUCGCCUACUGCACGAGUAUGAUGAUGGAUGGGCGCUCUGCAUCCGACUUGAUCGAUCUCAACAAGGUGUGGUUCCUCGAACAUGCCUAGCUGCCAAACCAUCCAAGCCUAAACCAUCUCAUCUCAACCAAUAUGCUCGGCCACCACCACCACCCGGGGGUCCGGGGUCCCGCCCUAUGUCUCCAGCUGGUGGCCCACGGGCUGCCAUGGGCCCUCAACGCCCCAUGAGCCCUGCAGGGAGACCGAUGAGUCCCGCAGGGCGAUCAAUGAGCCCGAUGGGAAGGCCAAUGAGUCCGGCUGGAAUGCGGCGACCGAUGAGCCCAGGAUUCAAUCAGGGACCGAGAUCGAUGUCUCCAGGCCCAAGAAUGGGACCGCCGGGUCGAAGUAUGUCCCCUGGACCGUACGGUGUUCGCGGUGGCCCGCCACCAAUGGCCGGAGCAAAUCGACCCAGGAGCAACUCUGCGAGCAACGCGAGGGAGAAGCGCAACUCUCCUGCUGGUCCCUCGAAACUAGGGCCUGGCUCGGGCAUGGCUUUCUAA